UUCUGUCGCAUCGCGUUCCCAUGUGAAAAUCGUCGUCGCUGCUCGUUCCGUGUUUUUUUCUAAUCGAGCGGGAAAAACAAAAAUAUUCCUAACGCCAGCAAAAACAAAUUAAUUGAAAUUUAUUUUCAACAAACAAGAAAAAGUUCUGGAAGAACUUUAACUCAAGGAAAUAGUUUCUGUUUAAACAAAUUUCAAGUGCAAUCCAUUGUGAAAUCAAUCUAAAGUGUGUGUGUGUGUCAUACAAAUAAUAACUAUUAUUAAAAGGAAAUAAAAUAACGCAGAAAGAAAGAGAGAGAUAGUACCAGGCAGAGAGAGAAAGAGCGAGAGAUCCGGAGAUCCCUCGACAAUCUCUGUCCAGCGUCGCCAAAGUUACGGAUCCAAUUCCAAACAGUUUAUUUUAAUUUUAAUUUUUCUACAAAACAACAAACCCAAGAAAGAAAAAUACAAAAGCCGAAACAACAAAAACCCAAAGCAAAAAAACGAUCUCAUUUCUAAGCAGCAACCAAUUCUGAGAAUAAGAAAAGGUAUUCAACAAAAGGCUGAGAGAGAGAAAAAGAGUUAUUCACCAGAAAAAAGGAUAAUUCAAUUGAUUUGGCAAAUAAUAAUUUAUUUGUUUUGAUUUAUGUAUAGAAAGUAUUCCAAAAUUUCAAUAAACAAAUAUUUAACUUAUAAACAUAAAAAGCCUUUGUCUCGGUUAUUGAUUUGGCAAAUAACAAUUCGAUUGCUUUGAUUUAAAUAUGUUCUUGAAAAUUUCCAUGGCAAAAAUUAUUUGAAAACACGGAUAGCCUUUGUACCGGUUGAUUCCACCUAUUGAUUUCUAUAGCGUCACAAAAAUCUUAUUAUACAAAAUUAAUUGAACUAAAAGAAAGCGCAAACUAUACAACUAUACAAUGCCUUUUCUUAUUCCUUAUCAUCAUGAUUAUCAUCAUUAAUAAAAAAUAAUGAAAACUAAAUGAAAAUCAUACAAAAAUAGACGCAAACAAAGUGCAUUCCCUGACCACACGAAAACAAGCAAUCUCAUUAUCAGUCAAUAUCAAAGUCGCUUCCCUAUACUGAACACUGAAUCACUCGCAACAUUUUUAAACCACUAUCACCAGUUCAUUAGCAACAACGAAUUGGCUAUCAAUUGGCUGGAAAAAAAAGUAAAAAAAAAUGUAGUGCACCACACUAAUCUGGGUUUUUUUUUUAAAACGAAAGCACAAUACUUUCAGAUAACACAGACAAAAGCUUAUGCUACAUAUAAAACUAAAGUGAAUCAAACUGUAAAGACAAUGCGCACAACUUUCGGCCGAGGCCCAAAGUUUAUACUGCUGACCAGCAAAUUCAAUCACGUUCAGCACAAGGAGGUGAUCACCUAAGAUCACAGGGAGAACAGUGAAUACCCGUAACCAGUGAAGGAUUAACCAGUGAGGAUCGGACCCAGUUUAUAGAACCAGUGACCAUGUCGUCGGAUACGAAUUCGUGUACCAGUUUCUUUGCCCAGGAGCAUGCCAAUGCCACACUGUCGCAGUAUUUCCAGCAACUUAACUCACAAGUUGCUGCUGCAGCGGCAGUCAGUAGUGGCAACAACGGCAACGGUGGCAACAACAGCAGUGGCAACAACAGCAGCAGCGGCAAUUCCGAUAGUGGUAAUGAUGGCAGCAUGACAGGAUCCUCGGGAACCAUGGACAACCAUCGCAGCAGUGUCAGCAGCAAUGAUUCGGGGAAGAGCAGUGCAGGAGGUGGCGGAGGGGGAGGUGGUGGUGGUGGUGGUGCCACCAGCAACAAUGGCGUUAAUGCCUGGGCCUUGCAACAGCAACAGCAGACGGCCGCUUUGCACCACCAGCAACAGCAGCAACAGCAACAACAGCAGCAACACCACCAACAGCACGUACAGCAGCAACAUCAAGCACACCAACAGCAUGUUGCCGCUGUCCUGCAGCAGCAACAGCAGCACUCCCAGCAUCACAACCAGCAGCAACAUCUUGGCCAUACGCUUCACCCGCAUCAUACACACCAGCAACAACAACAGCAGCAGCAGCAACAACAACAGCAGCAGCAGCAACAGCAGCAGCAGCCUCAGCAGCAACACCACCAGCAGCAACAACAGCAGCAUGCACAGCAGCAACAUCAUGCCGCCCAUCUGGCCCAUACACUUUCUUCGGCCGCAGUUGCUGCUGCAGCGGGAAACCCCAAUAAUGGCAACACCAACACCCACUCCAUUUUUGGCACCGGCAACUUCCACUACAAGACGAACAAUUCGUGGACGCUGCCCACGCUGACGUACCAGCGGAUUUACCAGGAGAAUCAGCAUUACCAGCGCAACUCCUUCAUGGAUCCCCAGAGCAAUGCCGCUGCAGCUGCGGCAGCGGCCGGAUGCAAUGCUGCCGCUGUUGCAGCAUCCGCUGCUGUGGCAAGUGGCAAUCAGGGUUCGAAUGGGAAUAAUACCAGUGGCAAUAAUAAUCCUGUUGUGGCGGGAACUGGUAAUGGAAAUGUUGGGAAUCCCGGCCAGAAUAAUAACAACAACAACAGCAAUAAUAACAGCAGCAACAAUGUGUCCUCCGUGCAACAUGUGGCAAAUGCCGUGGCAGCGGCCGUGAUCGCCAACGAGCAUCAUAACCAUCUGAACAGUCUCAAGUCGCGAUUUCAGCCAGCCAACUCAGGCAGGAAAUCUCCAUUUUUGGGUUUCAUUUGCAAAGCAAACGGCAAAUCCACAUCGAAUAGCAAAGAAAUCAUCUGCCCAGAUGACAAAUACAAGGAGGAGGGCGACAUCUGGAAUGUUGAGGCGCAAACGGCGUUUCUGGGCCCAAAUCUCUGGGACAAGACCCUGCCCUACGAUGCCGACCUCAAGUAUGCCGACCUAGACGAGUUCCUGUCGGAGAAUAACAUACCUGAUGGCCUGCCCGGAACGCACCUGGGCCACUCGAGUGGUCUGGGUCACCGCUCCGAUUCCCUGGGUCACGCAGCGGGUCUGUCGCUGGGCCUGGGCCACAUAACCACAAAGCGGGAGCGGUCGCCCUCGCCAUCCGACUGCAUCAGUCCGGACACGCUAAAUCCGCCAUCGCCGGCCGAGUCAACAUUUUCGUUCGCCUCCUCGGGCCGUGACUUUGAUCCGCGAACUCGAGCCUUCUCCGACGAGGAGCUCAAGCCGCAGCCGAUGAUCAAAAAGUCACGCAAGCAAUUUGUUCCAGAUGAGCUCAAGGACGACAAGUAUUGGGCGCGCCGCCGGAAGAACAACAUUGCCGCCAAGCGAUCCCGCGAUGCCCGGCGCCAGAAGGAGAACCAGAUUGCGAUGCGGGCACGCUACUUGGAGAAGGAAAAUGCAACAUUACAUCAGGAGGUGGAGCAGUUGAAACAGGAGAACAUGGACUUGCGUGCACGUCUAUCGAAAUUCCAAGAUGUGUAAUGAUAAAUACAAUUUUGUGACUUGGCCUGAGGACACCACAACAAUUAAAUAAUAAUAACUAUUGAUAAAAUAACAAUAAUCAUAACUAUGAUAAAACUACUAAUAAUGUUUAGUACAGCAGACAUGAAACCUACACUAUAAAUACAUAUUGUAUCUAAAUAUGUAUAUGCAAAAAUAUAAUUAGUAAGCAAACACACACAUCUACACACACACACACACACACACACAACACAAACCCUCACGGCGUCGUGCUCCGCUUAUAUAUUUAUUUUAUGCUAAAAACUAAAAGCAAAUUAACUAAACACAAAGGAGGAGAAACCGAAUGGAAACUAAACAUUUUUUAGAGUAGCCAAAAAAGAAAGUCUCACGAGAGCAGAGUGUUGAAAAACUCUGCAAGCCGAAGCUUUUUGCCUUUAAAGUAGCAUACUUCCGAGCGCAAUGGGAAUCCUAAAAAAACACUGAAAGAGACACACGUAGAGCCCAGACCUAGAAUUGUUAUCUUUUAAAUUGUUUAAUAGUUGUCUAGCCUAGUUUUACACAAAAAAGAAAACACCUCUUCUUCACCUUCUUCUGCUACUUUUCCCCCCUCUACUUUAAUUUUUAUUAUUUUUUGUAAUUAGUUCUUCGGUUAAGCUUUGCUUUAGCUGGUAGUGAAAGGAAACCACACACACAACAAAUCAUAUUGUAAAUAAUUUCGUUGCCUUUUUUCAAAUUAACUCGAGAGAAGAAUUAACAUAAAAAGCAUAAGAAAAACUUGUAUAAAAAAUUGCAAAAUGAAAACCCACAAAAAAAAAAUGGAAAAUUAAAGAAACGCUAAGAGAAAACCAUUUAGAAAUGAGCAAAGAACUUCCCUCCUCAGUUGCCGGGCACUUGGCAGCUGGUUAGUUUAAGUGAGCUAUGAUUUUUAUAUAAACCUAAUGAAAAAAAAAUAUCAGAAAACCCCAAAAAAAUUAAAAACAGACGGACAGAGACAGACGGUGGACUGGCAAAAAUGCAAAACUAGAAGUGAAAUAGUUUUCGUUGUUGAUUUGUUGAUACUAAAAUAACCAACCCAAAACUAACCCAGACAUAGUCAGCUAGUUAAGGCGAGAAAACUACUUUUCUUACUACCUACUAACAAACAAAAACACAGAACCAUCCCCUGGAAAAUCCCUUCAUAUUGCACUACUCCUUACCAUAAUUUCACAUUUCUCCUUUUAGUUUGUAUAAAUUUUAUUCGUUUACCUUUUAUUACAAGAAAAACUAUUUCUUUUGGUGUGAUUUGCAAGAUCUUAAACAAACAAUAUAAAAACAAAACAUUUUUACAUAAUACCAUACAAUUACGUUACUUUAAACAACAACUAUUUUCGUUAGUUAAGUUUAUUAAUUAUUAUUAUUUGUUAUACAUUUGAGUUACAUUUACCUGCAUACAAUUAUUUAGAAAAUUAAGAAAAUAUAUGAAACCACAAAAAAAAUAUCAACCGAAAGCAAAAUUUAUAUUUUAUAUUCAGCAAACAAAAUGGAAGCUAAAACAAAAGCGUAGGGAGUUAAUUAAGUUCAUUAAGCACGUCUUCUUAACAAAUUUCAAUAAGUUUUAUUUAUUCUAUGGAAAAAUGUGCAAAACCAACAAAAACAGAAAGAAACCACAAAAGCAAAGAUCGAUAAAAGGAGAAUGAGCGUAACGAAAAAGUGAGAAAGCAAACAACAAAAAUUUGUGUGUAAUAAUAAAAGUCUAAGCGUUGCUUUUAACUAUUGAAAA